GAAGAUGAAUCCCACAUACCAGUGGAGGAGGAAUUCGAAACCUCCACAAGACAAGCAAACUCACCCUGGCAAUCUUUUACAAAACACGAUCCCAUAGAGGAGGAAGGAGAAAUCCCCGCACCAAUGGAGGAGGAAGUGGGAACCUCCACAGCAAUGGAAGAGGAGCGUGAUGUGCAGGAAGCAGUGAUCCCUUUAUUACGUGUUAUAAAGCCUGGGCGCCAUAAGGGAUCACCUUGGGUUGAAAUAAAGGUCAACCGAUUGCGUGUCCUUCGUCCAGAAGCAAAGGCAGUCAUCUCAUAUGCCAUGGAUGAGAGCAGAAAUGAUGAUGAAAUGCUGGUGAACAUAAAUGAUAUUUUCCUCACAAGAAAAGAGAUGAGAACAAUCUCUUACAAUCAUUGGAUAUCAAAUAUGGUAUGUUCACUUAAAGUUCAUUGAUUUUUCAAACCAAUCACACGCAUGCAUUAAUGGUUUAAAUGUGAUCAUUGUAGGUGGUUGAAGUCUAUUGCCAAA